AUGGCUGAUAAAGCUAAUGCAGAGAGAGGUGUAUAUAUCACCGCCAGCUACCGUCUCAACCAGAUCUUUGAAAGAUAUGGCCGUGAACCUAACAUCAAUGAGCUUCGAGCAAUAGAAGAACUUCCCUUGGGGAAGGAAAAGGAUCUCUGGGAUACCUCCGCGAAUGGCCGAAGAAUCUACUACCUCUUGAAAACAUCGGAAGAAACCAGUGAUGUUUCACUUUUGGAUGAAGCCGGGAAACUGCUGUGGGAGCAGAUCUUUCGGCCGCACUAUUCUGAAGCUGACCAACUCGGCCAGCAAGAAGUUAAUAGUUCGUCAGACGUACCUUAUGUUGACCUUGAGUGCCAAACCCCAGAAACCCAUGGCUAUUCGGCAAUUGAGAAUGGAAGUUUUGGGAAUCAUGUUGGAGUGCAGUCGAGGAAGGAAAAGAUGCAGAAGAAGUUGGCGGUUGGACAAGAAGAAGUUGGAUUCACUCAUCUUCAAACUGAAUUUUCUUCGAAUCCCCAAGUCAACAAAUAA